CUCUUUCCGCACCGUCCCUACGUUCAAGUAUGGCGGUUUGAGAGUUGUCUCAAUGUUUUGAAGGAGUAAAGACUAAAUUGUUUUCAUUUUCAGACCACACUAAGCUUAGGAAUCCCAUUUAUCUGAACCAAGAACCACGUUACAACCGAGAGCAUCAUGCCGUCCACCUGUGACUCUCUGAUUGAUGACAUCGAAGACAUGGUGUCCUCUAGUGACCCCACUCCUCAAGAGAGACUGACUGCAAGAAAGAGCAUCAUACCAAGGUCCAGGAAGAGAAAAGAGCUUCAGAGCAACGAGGAGCUCCACGCUGACAGUUUGAUCCCUGGGACACAGAAGAUCUGGAUGAAAACAUGGGGCUGCAGUCACAACAGCUCAGAUGGAGAGUACAUGGCUGGACAGCUGGCUGCCAGUGGAUACAAGAUGACUGAUGACCCAGCAGAAGCAGACCUGUGGUUGCUGAACAGCUGCACUGUGAAGAACCCUGCAGAGGACCACUUCAGAAACUCAAUCAAAAAAGCUCAAGAACAGGAGAAAAAGGUGGUACUAGCAGGUUGCGUUCCCCAGGCCCAGCCACGUAUGGACUACCUCAAAGGACUCAGCAUCAUUGGGGUCCAGCAGAUUGAUCGAGUGGUGGAAGUCGUGGAUGAGGCAAUUAAAGGCCACUCGGUUCGGCUGUUAGGUCAGAAGAAAGACGGAGGCCGGAGGCUCGGAGGAGCGAGACUGGACCUGCCCAAGAUCAGGAGGAACCCACUCAUUGAAAUCAUCUCCAUUAACACUGGGUGUCUGAAUGCUUGUACCUACUGCAAGACCAAGCAUGCCAGAGGAGACCUGGCCAGUUAUCCCAUUGAGGAACUAGUGGAGAGAGCCAGACAGUCUUUCCAGGAGGGAGUGUGUGAGAUCUGGUUGACCAGUGAAGACACAGGAGCUUAUGGUCGAGACAUAGGAACAGAUCUGCCCACGUUGCUGUGGAGACUGGUGGAAGAGAUACCUGAAGGAGCCAUGCUGAGGCUGGGUAUGACCAAUCCACCCUAUAUCCUGGAACACCUAGAGGAGAUGGCUAAGAUAUUGAAUCAUCCGCGUGUCUAUGCCUUCCUUCAUAUUCCUGUGCAGUCGGCCUCGGACAGCGUGCUGAUGGACAUGAAGAGGGAGUAUUGCGUCGACGACUUCAAAAGAGUAGUGGACUUCCUCAAAGAGAGGGUCCCAGGUGUAACCAUCGCUACUGAUAUAAUCUGCGGUUUUCCCGGUGAGACAGAGGAGGACUUCCAGGAGACGGUAGACUUGGUGAAAUGCUACAAAUUCCCCAGUCUCUUCAUCAACCAGUUCUACCCCCGACCUGGUACACCUGCCGCCAAGAUGGAGCAAGUACCAGCACAAGUGAAAAAGCAGAGGACUAAAGAACUGUCCCAUCUCUUCCACUCCUACAACCCAUACGACCACGAGGUUGGAGAGAGGCAACAUGUGUUGGUGACAGAGGAGUCGUUUGAUGCCCAAUAUUGGGUGUCUCACAACAAGUUCUAUGAACAGGUGCUGGUCCCUAAGAGGGAUGAGUUCAAAGGGAAGAUGGUUGAGGUGGACAUCUACGAGGCAGGAAAACACUUCCUGAGAGGCCGGCCAGUAGACGACAGUAAGCUGUUCACCCCCUCCAUCACAGCGCCACUACAGAAAGGAGAGGUGUCUGGCCUGGUGCAGGAACAGAUUCCCAACGGCGUCCAGAGUUGUGCUUCUAUUUCCUCUUCGUCCACUCUGCUGAUCGGCUCCUACAGUCUAGACAGGGAGGCUCUGAAGAAGCUGGGGAUCGGACUCGCUCUGGCUGCAGCCGUCUUGGCCUUUAUCUUGGAGAAGGUGUUCUGAUGUUGGAUCUCCGGGCCGGAGGAGGACUGUGAACAUGGGAGAGCACAGUGACAUCAGAGGAAACCGUGAAGAGGUGGAAUGCAGCAACGCGAUAACUUUUCUCCUGACAUCAUCUGUAACAGGCUCCACGGGAUCUCAGACAGAGGACGUCAGUGACACCCACAAAGUCACGGAUCAUGUUAUUGUCUGUUGUUUUAGUACAAGUUAGUUUUACUUUUUAAUUACAGGAUGUACAAUCAUUUUACUUUGUUCUGUUGAUUCUACUAAAGAUACGUCAGUGUCUUCUCCUGUCAGUAAAGUAGGAGUAAUGGGCAAACACUUUUUAUUUAGAUUCCCUUGGUACAAAUUAUACUUUGGUUAUACUACAUUUUAAUUGGAAUCUAUUUCAAGCACCGAUUCUGUUUCACGUUUAAUGCCUCAUUUUGAGUUUUCAGGCUGUUUCAGGGCGAAGCUUCAUGUAGGCUGUGUGAUAUCUGCAGCCUGGAAUUAAAUAAACAGCCAGAGACGUGUUUUGAAGCACGUUUCUGGGUUUUGUUGCUGUUUCACAGACACAUGAAGCACAGCUCAAUUAAUUCAUCCACAGGAAAAUACAUUCUGGAGAUUUUGAUCAUCAGCAGCACAACAAAGUCUAUCACUUUGCUUGUAGAUUUCCAAACAUUGUGUAGUAUAGAGCUGCCCGUCCCGCCUUUGAUGAAUUGAAUUGUGCUUACUUUACAGGAUGUGUUAUUUAACUCUGUGGAAAGCAGUAGCAUGCUGUAUAAUUCUCUGAUUAAAGGUAAUUCUACCUUGUGUUUCAAAGUAUUUAUUUUUGAAUUAGAGACGUUGACAGCACAGUAUCAGAGCUACAUAAUGAAGAUGUUUGAAGCUGUUUUAACGUUUUAUUCUUUGGUUAAAGCUUUUGUUUAAAUUGUUUUAUUUGUAUCAUUUCAUGUUUUUUGCCUCAUCAAAGUCAAACGUAAUUAAUUUGUAAUGUACGUCUCAUUUUACCUGAUGAGUUAUGACAUGAAUGGGCCAGAUGGACGAUGGAGACUUUGUCCUCCGACAGAUUGGUUUGUAUGUGAUGAGCUGCUCUGGUGCCAACUAUAGAAAUGUUUCAUAUAUUCUCCCUUUCCUGCUGCAUCCUUGAUACUCUGGAUAAUCCUAAGAACAUCAUUGGUUGUCAUGUAGAUAAAUAUUCCAGCUAUAACUCAUCAUCGGAAAAAGAUCUGUGCAUUAUCCAAACCAUCACAAAUAAUAUUGAAAACCCUUGUGAAUGAGUAGGAGCAGAAGCCUCAGAGCCAGAUAUCUGAACACGUGGACAAACAAAACAUCACGAGAGAUAAUUGAGAUGUAUUUUCUUUGUGUGUACUUCAGGUGAACUGACCCUGUGAUACAACUAUUCUGUCGAUAUGUGGACUUCUGUUUGACAUGUAUAGUUUGAGUCAUUAUUGAAAUGGACUGUAUUUUGCUUUUUGUAUGUCCCAACCACCAAAAACAGUUUAAUAAAGGUCAACAUCAUA